UGGGAUAUUGUUUCUUGGCGGCGCGGUGCCGCCAUGUCUCCUGCAGAUAAACGGCGGCUAGCUUGUAUCUCUGUACUCGCUAUUGUCCUGUUUUUCAUCGUCCUGACCUGCAUACCAACAUAUCUGUACAUACUUUUCUUUUUUGUCGUGACAUAUGCCGUUUGUUAUUAUAAAGUAGAGGAGUUUCAGCUUUUCGAGAGGUUGGGCCUGAAUCCCCGCCGAGGGCUGACGGUUCCGACCGCGUUGCGGCGCUGGUUGCCGAGCAGGGCAUUCACAGGAGUCCCGGCGGCUGGACGGAACAAGACUCGCUCUAACAAAAGCGAUGUUAGAAAUUCUUUAGUGUCUCCCAGCGAUAGGAGUUUUUCCAAUUCAGUUUAUAGACAAGACGCAACGUUCAGCGACUCGGUAUUCAGUCCUCGGAGCAUCCUCAUGGGGAGUUACCUCGGUAAGGCAGAAAGUCCCUCCGGCGCAGGGCGGCCCGCUGGAAGCUCUGGAGCCAACCCCAGAGAACAACUCCGGGAGAGACUUGUCCGGCCUAAUCAUGGAGCCCCCACUCCUAACAGAAGAUUGUCUUUUGGUGAUCCAGUUGGUGCCUCAGGGAGGUUCACCAUUACCCCUCAGAGACACUACCCACUGCAGCAGAUAGGAACCUCUCCGGUGGGCGUAUUUCCCCCGGCUCAGUGGGACGGUUUCCGUAAGAAGAGCGUUCUCACACAACGCAAUACACCCAUGCACAGCCCAGUUACAGUGAAGAUUGCAAGACCGGACAACACAAUACGCUUAUCAUUUUUUGAUCAGCUGAACUCUGCUGGAGCAGUCACCUCCCCUGGGUUUGAAGCCCGAGCUGACCCCUGUUCUAAAGAGACUGUAAUGAGCGUGCUCAGAGCAAGCCGUAAACGUGAAGAUGAUGAUGAUGAAGAUGAGAGGGCCCAUGAAGCUGGGCAAAAGAGCAAAAGGAGGCGAAAUGACAGCAAUGGAAGUUCCCAGUCAGUGUUUGAGACACUUUUAGCUAAUGGUGUGCCAUCCCAGAUUGUACCAAAACCUGGAAGUUUGAAAAGAGGAAUGAAUGUCUCAGUGUUGGAGGAGUCCAUGGUAAAGAGAUCUCGGACCUCUUCCAUUAGCUCAGUUAGUGGAUGUCCUGUUUCCUGUGGCACACCUGGAUCAGACCGGAAUCCUAUUCGUAGCUCAUACAGUUCCUCAAGGGGCUACCCUCAGAGGAGAUUAGCAUCUAAUCUGAGUUCAUCUCCUCUUGUGAGCCCUGGAAUAUCACAAUCUCAGACUCCUGAGCGGGCAGCCAAAAAGCCCAGGGAAGAAGAUGCUGCUUCACCAAAUUCUCUUUCAGCUUUGAACUCUGAUAAGACAGCCACUGAGACUGCCUCUGGCUCUGGUAAAUGCACCCCGAUGCCUGAUCCCCCUGUGACAUUACGGUCAGAUUCUGGAGGAAGCAGUGGUAAACGUAAACGUAAAAUUCAGCUGGUGUCCGUGUGCAGAAGCGACCAGAUAUCUUUGCCCCCACCCCCUGAACUGGGCUACACAGUCACUGUGAAGGACCUGGAUAUGGAGAAAAAAGCUACUCUUACCCAAAUCCAGAAAGUCCUUGAGGACCCUGAGCCAGAGAAGCCAAGCUGUGUCCCUUAUUCAUCUUCUCCUGCUGCUCCCUCUGUAGGCAUGUUUUCCCAAGUAGUUUCACUUCCCUCUGCCACAAAUGCCCCUGUAGAAAGUACUACAUCACUAGCUUCCCUGACCACCCCAGCUGCUGGUCUUCCACCUGCCAGUCUUCCACCUGCCUCCACUGCAGUUUCUACCCCAGCUCCAGCACCAACUAUUGACCUCACAGUUAUUUCAUCCAGCCCAGUCAGUGCUGCACCAGUCCAGACUGUGGCACCGUCUGCACCUACCACCAGCAUCACUGUAGCUACACCUGUGGCUAAUCCUCUGUUGGAGUCUCUUAAGAACAUGAAGAGCAAUUCUCUAAUCAGUUUGUCCUCUUCUGCAGCUGCAACUACUGCAGCAAAAUCUGUGGCAGCCCAAGCUCCCUCAUCCACUGCUUUAAGCUUUGGACCUGUAAAAUCUGAGCCCGCCAUUGCCACACCACAACCCACAGUGUCAACGGCGCCUUCCUCAGUACCCUCUGCCUUUGCCCAAAUUCUGGCUCAGCCUAUACCAUUCUCAUCCACCACACUCAACCUUGGAGCAGGCAGUCCCUUUGGUGUCAGGGCUUCUGCAUCCACAACCUCCACACCCACAACCUCUGCACCAACUGCUCCGACAACCUCUGCACAGCCUGCUAGCAGUACUGCCAAUCCAACACCAUCAGUUUUCAAGCCUAUUUUUGGGCCUGUCAUGACAACACCAGCCUCUGCUGCAGAGGUCAAACCUACACAAACUACUUUCAAGCCCAUUUUUGGCAAUACAUUUAAUCAGACAGCUUCUUCAGCUUCGUCUGUACCAGCAGCUCAGAGUAGCACGUCUCUAUUUGGCGGCGGCGCUAACACUCAGUCGGUGUUUUCCUCUGUCCCCUCAUCAGUCCCAAAUACUCAGAGUCCCAGUCAAUCUCUGUUUGGCAGUCAGACUAAUAGCCAGCCAGUGGCUGCUUCGGUCUCCACCUCCAGUACCCAGAAUCCUACUCCAGCUCUAUUUGGUGGAUUGACUAACAGUCAUACAAUGGCUGCUUCAGUUUCAUCUAACUCAAAUACCCAGAAUUCUACUGCAUCUCUGUUUGCUGGACUGUCUAACAGCCAGCCAAUGGCUACUUCAGUUUUGUCAUCAUCCAGUACCCAGAAUCCUGCUUCAUCUCUGUUUUGUGGACCGACCAGCAGUCAACCUAUGGCUGCUUCAGUCUUGUCAUCCUCCUCCAGUACCCAGAAUUCUACUCCAUCUCUGUUUGCUAGCUGGAAUACUACAAAGAGCAACUUUCAGUUUGGAGGUUCAUCAUCUACAGCCACUUCCUCUGGAAUUAGCACCAGUACCACCACUACCAACUGCACCAAUACAACUUUACAGUUUGGCGCUUUAAAACCAGCACCAGCUGCUACUCCUGCCGCUCCUCAGAACACAUUCACCUUUGGCCAAAGCCCAGCCACCACCACCUCCUUUACAGGGUUUGGUAUGGCAAACAAUACUACUCCCAUGACCUCAAACACCCCAGCAACCCAGGCCACAUUUGGUAGCUCGGUAUUCAGCGCCUCCACAUGUUUUACCAACUCUCCAGCUCCAGCUCCAGCUCCUACUCCAGUUAAGCCUUUUACGUUUGGUGGCAGUGUUGGAGGAGGUGCUGCAGUCACACCACUCCCAUUUGGUACACCUGCUAGCACAGCUGCACCAACCUUUGGAAAUUCUACACAGUCUGCAUUUGGUGGAGCCUCCACUGGUUUUGCUUUUGGGAACACAAGUGCUUUGCCAGUGAGUGCUGCUUCUAUGCCAGCUCCUACCUUCACAUUUGGAGCAGCGCCAGCCACACCACAGAACUCUGCAACAUCUGGAGGUUUCAAUUUCACAGCAGCACUUUCUGGAGCACAGUUUGGAACACCUACACCAGCAGCGCAGAAUCAGGGGUUCUCGUUUGGAGCAGGCAACACAGACAAUAAGCCUGCUUUUGGAUCCUCCACCCCUGCAUUUGGCACUGCAAGUGGCUCUAUCCCAUUUGGCAGCCCUGGGACUCCUGUAGGGGGAUUUGGUGCCUCAGCCUUUGGCACUCCUUCAGCCACUUUUUCAAUUGGUGCUGGAUCAAAAACCAGCAGUUCACGACAAAGACUACAAGCGCGCAGGCAGCAUACAAGGAAGAAGUAAUGCUGACCAUGUGGACAUUAUUUGGACACAUGCAACACCACUUCUGACUAUUAUAGCUGCUGCUGCUGCUAACAGAACUUUUUCAGGAUUCCAAUAGGGUUGAAGUAUAAUUAGGUACCACAUCCAUUUUUUUAGGUCAGGAGAUCUUGGCAUACCAACAUCAUCUUGUGUGGAAUCAGACUGACAGCAAGUUAUGUGGACAGACAGUGCUACUUGCUAAAAUAAAAAUAUGAUUAGGCAAUUAAACCCCUGGACAUGACACCUGGACUGUGCUUUGCUCUUCAGGAUAGUGUGUUGGUUUGAAUUUUUUCUUCUUUUUUUUUAAAUAGUUGUCUGCGUGACCUAUUUUUAUGUGAUCAUUCAAAUUACAUUCUGAGGUUGUCUGAGUCAACUCAGUCUUUAGAAGAUGUUUUUUAAUUGAAAUAUGUCCCUCCUCCAAAUACAUUUAGCAGCAAAAUAAAGUUUACUCUUUUAUUUUAUUGCUUUUAUGGUUUAUCCCUUUAAAAUAUUUCCUUGGCUUAUGUUUAAGAGUAAGUCACAUUCAAGUUUAAUGUUUCAAACCAAAGCAGAUGUCAUACAAGCUGUUCUUGGUUUACAACCAUCUGUGUGCUAUUGGCUUUUUGACUACCUCGUCUCGUCUCCAGUAAAUGUUACUUACCAGUCCUUUAAUUAUGAAUGUCUUCUCUUUAAAUGUCCCAUAAUCUUAAGUAUUUGAAUAGUUUUAGUGUUUAUUAUUAAGCAUUAUUAAUCACAUUUGUUAAAAACCCAUUAGCUCAAUUUCUUUUACAGCUGAUGCCUCACUGGGUUGGGGAGGUGAUCAUCUUCCUGAGAUACAAGUUUGCUAUUCAUAUUCUGGAGCUUUUUACAUGUUCAGAAAAUCUAUGUCUUGACCUUUUUAACAGGUCUGAAUAGUAGACAUUUCUUCACUUCUGAAUUAUUUUACAAUUCUUUGUGCCUUAGUGCAUCUGACUGCAGGUUAUGUACUGUGAAUGAUGUCAGAUUUGGGUGAAGGCUGUGAAAGCAAUAGAAAGCAACUGAUUGGCUUUAAUAAGUAAUGUUUAGGACUUGUGAAUACUCGACUAGUUAUUGAGCUCAGGGUUUUGGGCCGUUUUCAAUUCUUCAAAGCUUAGUCCUUCAGUGUGAUUGGAAAGUGUGACAUAAUGAGUAUGUCAAAGCAUUCUAAAUGAAUGCCCUAAUUUAUUUUAAAUGCAGAUUUGAUUUCAGACAAGUGUGGGUACAUUUUAAUGCAUGCACCUUGUUCCAGACUUAGCUAUGUAAAUUUACUGUAGCUUGUGCAUGUGUUUCAAAAUAUUACCUUUAUUAAUUUUUAGGAUAGAGCUAGAACUACCGUCAUUCCUACAGGAUGGUCUGCAGCCAGAAAGCUCAACUAAAAGUAUUUUUAUUUCUUAUAUUACAAAUGUCAGUUGCUAUGAACAAAAGAGCUAAUCAUCUGACCCAUCAGACUUGUUUAAAAUCUCAUAAAUCUGUUUAAAUCUCAGGUGUGUAUUUUCAGACUUUUAGCUAGAUUGUUGUACAUAUACAUUGUUGUACAGCUGUUUGUUUAUGCCCUGAGCACGAGUCAUUUCAGGAUACACAUUUGGAAACACAUUUCCCACUCUCAUU